AUGUUGGGGAAAAUACCAAGUUUAUGGAGUAAUUAUUAUGAAAACACAGAUGGCCUAAUAUUUAUAAUUGAUUCUUCAAAUAAAGAGUAGUUAUAUUAAGUCAAAGAGCAAUAAGUAUAGCUGAAUAAAGACAUAGAAUACAUGAAUGUAUUGCUAAUUAAAUGAUAUAGGUAGUAAUUCUGAUCAUUUUUACAAAGCAAGAUUUAUUACAUCUUGAUAAUUAAGUCUUAAUCUAAGAAUGUGGAGUAGUUGGAUAUUUAGAAUAAGAUACUGUAUUCUAAAUGUGUAGUGUCAAAACUGGUGAAGGUAUUCAAGAAGGGAUUUAAAAAUUAAUAAACAUAAUGAAAAAAUAAUAAAAGCCAAACAUUCCAUUACAUACCAUUUAAUAACAUUAAAGAAAGAUAUUAGUAUGA